UCAGCUCCCUAUACUGCUGUCUGAUGUCGGUUUUAUUGCAUUUAUUCUGAGGAAUUCGGUCGAUUCGUUAGCUUCAUAUUCGAUGCAUUUCAUUAUCGGUGAGCAUUUGAAGUAAAGGAAAACAAUUUUUGAAAUCUGUGUUGACGUCGCUUGCGCGUUUUUAAUAAAUUCGGACCCGCGCACGGUCGGGCUUUCCGACGAGAAGAGAAAUGGUGCGCAAGGAGGAGAUAGUCGUUUGGUUCUCGCGUCAGCCCAGCCACCAAAGGCUGGACGUCCUCUGCACUUUGGCCUCUAUCUGUCUACCGCUCGAGCUGCGAUUCCUCAACACUUGUGUUGAUUUUCUGGCUAGGAACAAAACACCUUCAGCCAGAGAUGCAGAAAUCCUAGCUGCACUGGAGAAGAACUGCCUGCAGUUGAAUGAAGUUGACCUGCAUGAUGAGGGGUCACGCAGAAAACUCAUCUUGGCCCUUACUUUGCUUCAUGCUGGUAACCGGAUUGUAGCCAACACCAUUUACAGGAUUUUGUGCAGCACUUUCUCCGACAUGAACAUGUUUGGACCAGACAUCACCAUCGAGUCUAGCCUGGAACUAAAUUUGAUAUUUACCAUGGCUCUGCAUCAUCCCAGUUUCACUUUUGAGGAGAAGGACAAGCUGGGAGAUAUCUACCUAUGCAUGCAAUCUCGUUUACCUGGGCUGAGGCCAACCUCUGACAGUGUAUCCCCUGUUCCUGCUUCAACUCCUAGCCCGCAGCCUCAAAGCAGUCCCCCAGAUAUCUCAGAACGAUCUCUCAACAAUGGCUCCAACAGUAGCAGCAGCAGCAGUAGCAGUAGCCAUAACAGUACCAAUAGCAACAGUAGGAAUAAGACAGUGCAGAAUGAACGGCCGACAAUCCGUCGCAACCGAAACAGCCCCAAGUCAAAUGGAUCUGCUAUGAUGGAUCCUUUCACGACACAGCUUAAAGAACAGCUGGGUAAAGACCGACUACCGAAAGGUUGGAGACAAUUUGAGAAUGUUUCUUUUACCGAGCUUAUGAGUUAUAGCGACCAGGAUUUCAUUAGUUGUGGACUCAGUUUGAACUUCGUUAGCCAGUUACGAAAGGUGCUGAAUCAGUACAAUCACAAGUCAAACGGGCUGGUAAUUCCUAAUGAAGAGACCAAAGUGGCUCAACAAAUCCACAGCAAGUCCACUACGUCGACAGCAUCUCGGCCCAGCCUGGUGAAAACCUGUAUGGGCCCACCUAACGUUCAGCCCGCCUUCAAAAACAGUCAGCGAAUCACGACAGCAGCAAUAGAAAACCAACCACAGCAACAUUAUCAGCAGCAACAACAAUAUCAACAGCAGCAGCAUCACCAGCAACAACAUCAUCAACAACAAAAUCAUCAACAACAAAAUCAUCAACAACAGUUGCAGCAAGAUUCGUUAACCAAUCGUGCAGGGUCAUCAUCAAGCAGUGGCAGCAGUAGCUUGGAAACGUGCAGCCCACCGAGCAGCCCAACAGACUCGAGCAGUAAUGCUCCUAGAGAUCAUCGAAAACACUAUCCAGUUCCGCAGAGUGUGAUGGUUCUCAAUCCAGGAACAAGACCACAGACUCGUCUGCCGUCUUCGGGUACGGUAGCUAACGCGCCUUUGCGUGGUGCCAACAACAUUGGCUUUCCGCGACCGAUGGGCGCCACUAGCAAUAAUUCUGCUGGCCCAAUGCGACAACAGCAGCAGCAGCCAAUCUCUACGACGACAAGCAGAGCAGCAUCACAGCCCAGAGAAAUGUCCUUUCCCGUCAGUCUUUCUUACGCGGUACCCGCCCAACAACAGCAAAAGCAGGUCGUCCAACCUUCUUCGGCCCCAGUACAGGCCACGUCUUUCAUUGUUGAUAGCAGCACUCCUCCGCCUCACCUGGAAGCUCAGGCAGCAGUAGUAGCCCAAACACAGCAGCCUGCGCAGUCUCCUGCCCCGACAUUAUCCGUCUACCCGUACCAAUACCUGCAUUUGCCUAACGGAGAUGGGACACCACCCUUCCCCCAGCACCCAUUCACUUUUAUUUCUGGUCCGCCGCCAAACUCUGCUGGACUUCCCGGCAAUGCACGAGCACCAGGUCCACAUGACAUGAUUUAUCCACCCCAGUCGUAUGUAGUGCAGGGUCAAAUCGUCGCUCAACCUCUUGGUUCUCAUCACGGGUCCAGUGUCACUAAUGGACGGCCAUCGUUAAUGGAAAUACCGUACUUACCGCCGGGUGCGUUAUUCAUUCGUUCUGACCAAACCGGUUCCACGGACUACAGUCGGCCACCACCUCCUGGCUCUCAGUCAUCUGGUGGAGGUCCUAGUCCGAUUCCGGGCAACAAUUCAUGUUUUAACUGCGGUGCAUCUGGGCAUCGUGGUACUCAGUGCCAACAAAUUACGUUCGAUGAAAUAAUCAAUCCCUCACCCGCUUAGUGGGAAUCGUUUCACAUGCAACACG